GCUUUCUUUGUUGAUGACCCUUUGAAUAGUGUAGCGCUCCAAAGGCAAUCAACUGUACAGUCAACUUGGCAGACAAACUUGCAUUAUUUUGCUAUUGACCAUGUUGACUGACUGACAUGACUGAUAUAGCUGAGGACUACCAUUCACCACAUCGAAUGUCUUCCAGAUUCUUCAGCUACGUGAUGUGCAAGUGUUGAUGGGGGACUGAGGAUUUAAUCUUUUAUUUCAAGGAUUAAAAAGUAAAUUUCCAGUGUGAUAUUGAACCGACCCACAAGGGGUGUGUAGAUGCACUCGAUCGCUAUACAAACCACUUUUAAACCCAGCAUCUUUAAAGCUCUUCAGAAUGGAAAUUUCCUCAUCUGUCAGUUUCGCCAUCAUGGCGACAUCGAUGAUCAUGUGCUUCUUACUCAACAUUCUCAUCGACAAGCUGCCUGUGCCCCCGAAAUAUGCGGAUAGAUCCCGUCGACACAAGUGGAAAAAUGUGGUCAUCUCCACCAUACAUGCAGUGUCUGCUUCAACAGGAGGAUUAGCAAGUAUAUACUUCUCUCCAGAGUUGCUUAGUGAUCAUUUGAAUGCUACGUCCGCCAUAAUCCUAAUAUCCAUGGCAGUUACCAAUGGAUACUACAUGUAUGAUUUUAUCGAUCUUGCGAUGAACACCAAACUGGCCAGUUUUCUUCCAUUGAUGAUACAUCAUAUUCUGGAUAUUUUUAUCAUAUUCUGGGUAAUAGUGGAGAAGAAAAUGUUUGGUAUAGUUGCCAUCACUUCUUGCAUAGAAAUCAACGGCAUCUCUCUUCAUCUCCGUCACAUCCUUCUCAUGUUUGACUACAAGAAAGAUGAUCUAGUCUUCAAGAUCAACAACGUUUUCAAUGUCAUCACAUACGUCGUGCUUCGCCUGGGUAUUUUAGCUUACGACACGUGGUGGUUGUUUGCGAAUUGGACGGAGGUUAAUUUCCUUUUCCCGCCCAUGGGCCUUAUUUUGCUCUUAUUGAACAUAGGUUUAUUUUAUCGUUUGAUUGAGAGUGAUUACAUUAGGAAACCUAUCGCUCAAAAGUCGAAGGUGCGUGACAUAAUGGCUGACUAGGAAUCGUAUUUAUAAUUUCGUAUGGUGAACAUUCAUGUAUAAUUGAACAAUCUAUAUACGUAGAGGAACUCUCAAUUUCUUGCUGUUUCCACAUUUAAUUGGUCUCAUUUUUCAAUGAUCUACUAUUUUAGGGUCAUUUCUGUAAUAUUGGACUACGGUAAUAAAAAAGGUGUUAUGCAGUAGUUCAGGGUGUAGGCUUAACUUAUCUAAGUCAGAAGCUAUCUGGAUAGGAAGGAAAAAAGGUUGUCAAGAUUUCCCAUUUGCUGAAAGAGGUCUAACAUGGAGAGAUAAUUCUUUCAAAACAUUGGGUAUUCAAUUCUCGUUGAAUUUUAAUUCACUGUAUAGUCUUAACUAUGUUCCUAAACUGAGGCAGAUAGAGAAUAUAUUGAAUUGUUGGCGCUCAAGAAAUUUGUCUUUUGUUGAAAAAUCUGUGUUAUUAAAACUUUAUUAAUGCCUCAGUUGCUGUAUUUACUAUCUGUUUUGUGUAUUAAAAUUCCAAGCAAUUUUUUUAAAGAUCUAAAUACUUUAUUUUACAGAUUUAUUUGGAAUGGAGGCAAGGACAGAGUAAAGAGGAAAUAUUUUUGUAAUGACUUUUCUGCCUGUGGGCUCAAGAUGGUUGAUCCCUAUACAUUUUCAUUGGCUCAGAAAAUGAUUUGGGUAAAAUUUUUGUUAAAUGAUAAUUACAAUAGUGGAUGGAAAUUAAUUGAAGUUUCCUUUUUAGACAAAUUUAAUGCAAUGAGGGACAUUUUGUGGAAGGCCCAUGCACCUGAAGAAAUUUUGAAUAAUUUAAAUUGUUCCCUACUUGCAGACUCAAUCCGGACCUGGUACUUGUUUAGAGAUAAAGCUUCCAGAAAAGAGUUUGGUUAUGAUUAUUUGUAUUUGGGUUAUUCACAUUGUAUUUGGUUUAAUAGAAAUGUCAGAUCCAAAUCUAAACAAUUUUUCUUUUAUAAAAAAUUGGUUUAAAAGGGCAUAAUUUUUAUAAGUGAUCUCUUUAAUCCACCCCAUCCAGGUUACAAGUUAUUUGAAGAGUUAGUUCUCGACUUUGAAAUUUCAGCAAAAGAAAGAAGAAAAUAUAAUUUUCUAUUACAAAAUAUUCCUGGUCCAUGGUUAGAUUGGCAUAAUAAUCCAGAUUUAGAUAUCCAUUCCGAAGUUGUAGAUAAAUUAUUAGAGAAAAGGAAAGUUAGCAGUUAUGCAUAAUCGAUAUUUUUCGAUCAAUGUCUCCCAGACAAUUGUAUUUCCUUUUGGGAAGAGUCGUGCCCUUCUAACGACAAAGUAGACUGGGAGAAAAUACAUAUGCUGAAUUUUAAGAGUACUAUUGAUAGCCGCCUCAGAUCAUUUUAUUUCAAGGUGUUUCAUAAGACAAUUGCUCUUAAUGCAUUUUUAUUUAAAAUCAAGAGAAAAGAUUCCCCAAACUGUUCAUUCUGUAAAAGAGACCCUGAAACAAUUGUACAUAUAUUUUGCGAUUGUCCGGUGGUUAACAUUGUAUGGGAUGAUCUUUUAUCUAUAAUAAACCAAAAACAACAUUCGAAUAUUAUCCUUUCCCCCUUUGUAAAGAUUUUUGGUAUUCAAGGUGAUAAUUUUCUAACAAUCAUUUUCCUUGCUUUCAAAUACUAUGUUCACUUUUUUUAAAUUUAAUAACAAAAACCCCAAUAUUGUGGAAUUCAAAGCUCGUAUCAAAGAUAUUAAGGAUAUUGAAUAUGUUUUGGCGAAGAAAAAUGGUAAAUUACCUGUACAUUUUAAAAAGUGGAGAUUUGAUAUAUAAUUUGUUUUAUGUAUCUGUCUUGACAAGUAUAUACCUACAUGUACGUAAGUGCUGCUCUGUUUAAUCAUGUUAAUAGCUUGUUGAUUUGUUUGAUUUGUACUGUGAUUUAUUUUUUUAUCAAUAAAGAUUGAAAGAAAAAAAAAGAAGAAAAAAAGGUGUUAUGCUCUCGAGUUCCCAU